CCCCACCCCGCCCUGCCCUUUCUGCCUCGUCAUCUACUGCCCCGCGGAGGCUCGACCCAUGAGUGGGGCCGCCCGGAACGCUUAGAACCGGGAGCCCCACCCCACCCGGCUGGGGGAGGGAAGAGAUACUGAGACUGGGCAGAAUCCGCGCCCGACCACCACCAGCCGAGCUCGAAGGAGCAUAAGAGACCGCGCAGAGAGGUGGGAGGGAGGCCGAGACCUUCCUCGAUGCCUCGCACCUGGAGCCACCUGGAGCUCCGGAUUUGGCCUCUGAUCGUUGAAGGACUGGCCGGGACUUAAUUUCGCCCCCACCAUGGGCAAUGCGCAGGAGCGGCCCUCAGAAACCAUCGACCGGGAGCGGAAACGCCUGGUGGAGACGCUGCAGGCGGACUCGGGGCUUCUGCUGGAUGCGCUGCUGGCGCGGGGCGUGCUCACUGGGCCCGAGUACGAGGCGCUAGACGCGCUGCCGGAUGCCGAGCGCAGGGUGCGCCGCCUGCUGCUGCUGGUGCAGAGCAAGGGCGAGUUCGCCUGUCAGGAGCUGCUGCACUGCGCGCAGCGGACCACGCGGACACCCGACCCGGCCUGGGACUGGCAGCACGUGGGCGCUGGCUACCGGGAACGCAGCUACGACACUUCGUGCCCUGGCCACUGGACACCUGAGGCACCUGGCUUGAGAACCACUUGCCCCGAACUGCCCAGAGCUUCAGACUGCGAAGAGGCUGGGGUUCCCGGGGGCUCAGAGGCAGUGCAAUCCGGAACUCCCGAGGAACUCAAUCCGGAGCUGGAAGCUGGGGCCUCUGAAGAGGCUGAGCGGGAUGUCGAACCAGAACCAGAGGCAGAGGCAGAACCCGAACCUGAACUGGAGCCGGAACCCGAACCCGAGCUGGAGCCCGAGCCCGAGCCCGAGCCCGAGCCCGAGCCCGAGCCCGAGCCCGAGCCCGACUUCGAGGCUGGUGACGAGUCUGAAGAUUCCUGAAUGCUGGAGGAACACUGACAGGCCACCCCUGCCCAAGCCGCGCGUAGGACCUGGGAUCCUGCCCUGACAUGUGUCGGGGGUUGCCACCAAGUCUCCACCCGACCCAGGACCACUAGAAGUGAAUAAACUCUAGAGGGUCA